UCCAUAGUCAUGUUACUUUGAUAUGAAAUGUCUUCACAUGACACAGUAGUAAAAUCUAGAAGAGAGCAUAUCACAAAAUUAUUUCUCAGUGAUAUAGGAUAUGAAGUUACACCUAACUGUAGCUAUGAUAUGACGAUGGAGGACAACACCCCCCUUGAAAAAGUGCCCAGACGGCACUUUCAGUGAUGGCAGAAGGGCAUAUGUCAGCCUUGUACUCCGUGUCCGGGGUAUAACAUUGUAGGCUCCUGCGACUCAACAACUGACAACCACUGCCAAGAGCAAAGCUAAAGGACCAUGGCGCACUCCGCUAGAUGUCCUGAUCUGACAACCUACUGGAAUAGGAAUGCUGCAAAAUGUGAGCCAUGUAAAUUAAAACCAGGAUAUGAAGUUACCCCUAACUGUGGCUACGAUGACUAUGGAGGGCGACACGAAUCCCCCUUCAAGAAGUGCCUUGGCAAUACUUUCAAUGAUGGCAGCAGGGCACUGUGUGAGCCUUGUACUCCGUGUCCGCCGGGGUAUAAACUUGUAAGACCCUGCAACCCAACAACUGACAACCAUUGCCAAGAGCAAAGAAGUGGGACCACCGAAGUUGCCACCACUAAACCGGCAACAUCUGUGCAUGUUUCAGCCUUUGUCAACAAGACGCCAACGAUUGCAACAGACCCUCUAACUGUGACAAUCCCCUCCACUCAAAAUUCAGAAACACCUGCUAAUUCCGCUGUACUAUGGACAGUACCAUUAGCCGUCCUAAUUUCCAUUACGCUUGUUUUGUUAUCAGUUUGCAUAAUCUACAUAAAGCGGAAGAGAGGUUUGUAUAUUGACUGUCAGCACUCAGUAUUGACUUACAGGAGAAGAUCUUCGUUCAUCAAUGAAGGAUUCUCUCCCCUCCCCGCUCCUGCUUGCAAGAAUGAUCUGGAGAUCAUGCUCAGUCCUGAAAUCCUGUCAGAACCUUUACCGACAGUGCUGAACAACCUGGAUGUUUUGGAAGAGUUGGUGAUUUUGCUGGAUCCAGACAGCAACGUAGUAAAGACCACCAAACAUCUGGCAUCGCUGUGCUCCUUCCCCUCCACCUGGAUCACUUACACCUACUCUAUGAAGGAUACUAAGAGCCCUCUGAAAGCCAUGCUGGAAGGGGUCACUAGCAAACACCCUGACUGGACAGUAGGGCAUCUGGCCAAGCUGCUCAGGCAAAUAGAGCGCAACGAUGCCAUCGCUGUUCUUGCCCAACUCAGACCGAGAUAAUUAUGUAACAUUACUUUUUCCAAGCUUUCCAUGUUGUGAGCAGGGAUGUAAUAUCCUGGCCUGGGCUUAGUGAUGUUAAAUAGAAAGCAGAUGUCAAAAAUGCUGGCACAGACCUCAGCCAUGAAUUUGUAUCCUCAUUCUGUUUCAGGGCUGACAGUUAUUUUCAUGUUUUAAAAAAACUAAUAUUUCAAUAAACGCUUUUUACUUCA